AUGAAUGGAAGCAACGCUGCCAGUAAUAUUCCGUCAAAUACGAUGACCACAAAAAAGAAACAACGUGUUCAAUAUCCCGCUAAUGCGGCAAAUAGUCACGCGAUGCCAGACUCACAACUCUCGGAAGAGCAAAAUACCGAGAUAAAAGAGGCAUUUGAAUUAUUUGAUACCGAUAAAGACGGAGCAUUGGAUUAUCAUGAGUUAAAGGUAGCCAUGCGAGCGUUAGGUUUUGAUGAAAAGAAACCUGACGUGCUUAAACUGAUACGACAGUAUGACAAGACAGGAGAUGGGUAUAUGGUCUUUGAGGACUUUUAUAAAGUUAUGUCAGAACGGAUUUUAACUCGAUCACCAUUAGAAGAGAUACAAAGAGCAUUCAAGCUCUUUGAUGACGAUAAUACUGGGAGAAUUUCUUUGCGUAAUUUAAGACGCAUCGCAAAGGAGCUUGGUGAAAAUUUAGAUGACGAGGAAUUACAGGCAAUGAUAGAUGAAUUUGAUAUGGACGAGGAUGGAGAGAGUAUCCUUGCAAUUUUGGGUUAUUACAUGCUGCUAUUUUCUUGA